AUGCGCGAGGCGGAAAUCAGGCACGCGCGGCUGGCGAUGCUCGCAGCGGCCGGCUGGCCUCUCUCUGAGCUGCUCCAAGGGGGGCGAGCCCCCUCCGUCCUGAAUGGAGGGCUUGGCGACGGCCCGGUCCCCUUCUUCCUUGUGCUCGCGGCGGGCGCCGCCGCCUACGUCGAAUACCUCAGCGAGGAGGCCGCCAAUCAGGCCUCGGGGCUUGGCCCUGCAGCGCCCCGCUUGGCCGGCGACUUCGGGUUCGAUCCUCUGGGAGUGAUGGCCGAGGAGGGGGCUUACCGCCGCAAGGAGUUGAGCGCCAACGAGCUCUUCAACGGCCGGCUCGCCAUGCUCGCCAUCACCGGCUUCGCGGCCCAGGAGUUCCUAUGGGGCACGCCGGUCGUCGAGCAGACGCCAUUCUUCUUUGGGCGUUGA